AUGCAUUUCUCCACCCUCAAGUUUGCCAUUGCUGUCUUGGCCAUCUGCAGCAACACCGUCUUCGGCCAAACUACUCCGUCCCAAGUCGUCAGCAAUAUCAACAUGCUUACCCAGAAGUCCCAGGCCCUUCAGGCACCUGCCGAGUCAAUCACCAUCGUCAAUGGACCGCUGAUUGUAGCCGGUCAGGGUCCUUUCCCGGAAAUUAUCAGGGGUUUUACUGAUAUCGUCAGUACCGCGACUACUGCCCUUUCGCAGAUGCAGGGCAUGGCCGCCAUUCCGCCUGGCGCCAACUCCGAUGCAAUUAUCGAAGCCUUCCGCGGUUUUGUCCGUGUUCAUCAGGCGCUCCUCGAAAUUCUCAUUGGCAAAGCUGGAUUAUUCAGCACUGUCCCUUUCAUCGGACAACCUAUCGCAGCGGUUCUGCGCCAGAUUGAAGCUAUUGUCGACACGCUGGCUUUUACUCUCAUUGACACCCUGGAAGGUCAGGCCUCAGAGAUUCAAUCUGAGGCCGAUAGCUUGAGCGCGACUAUUGGGGACGCGAUCACUAGCUACCAGGGAGUCACCCUGGACUGA